AGUCAGCAGGGCUGUACCGUGCGUGGAGAUUAGCCGCGACCAUACAGGAAGCGACAUUUGCUUCAGAGACUGGUUUGAAGAGGAGUAACAUGGCGGCCUCCGGAAAGAAGACAAUAAUACAGCAAGAUGAGCUGAGGAGGCUAAUGAAGGCGAAGCAAAGAGAGGCUGCAGCUAAGAAGAAAAUCGAGUCCCCGCUGGCGAAAUAUAACAGCCUUGGCCAAUUAUCCUGUGUUGUUUGCAGUACACUGUUAAAAAGUGAGUUGUUGUGGCAAGCGCACAUCCUAGGAAAGCAGCACAAAGAGAAAGUUGCAGAACUUAAAGGAACCCAAGUGAAAGCCAGUAGUCCAUCUGUCUCUACGCAGUUGUCACAGACUACUAAAAGGAAAGGUCCAGUUUUGGAAAGCCUUGAGAGUAAGCGUAUCAAAGAUUCAGAAGAUCAUUCUUCAGCUUCUUCAACAGAAUCUACACUUCCACCAGGCUUCUUUGAGACGCAUAAUAAGUCAUCUAAUAUACAGACUCCAAGGAAUGUUUCGAACAUACGACUACUGGCAGAGGAUUACAAUGAUGAUGAUGAUGAGGGUGAGGAGAAGGAAGAUGGUGAAAAUGUCCUAACAGUUCCAUCUUGUGCACAGCAAUCCAUGGAUAACCCACCCAAAUCACAGGACAGAAGUCUUCCACCAGACUUCUUUGAUAGCAAGACAUCUGUGGUUUCUCAUUCGGGGUCUAUUUUGAAAGCAGAUGUACUUGAAAAACCUGUUCCAAUGAAAGAGAAUACAGCAGAAGCCUUACCUGAGGGAUUCUUUGAUGACCCAGACGUUGAUGCAAAGGUUAGGAAAGUCGAUGCUCCUAAAGACCACUUGGAUAAAGAGUGGGAAGAGUUUCAGAAGGAAAUGCGUAAAGUCAAUACUGUUUCUGAAGCAAUUAUGGCUGAAGAGGAUGAGGAAGGUCGAUUGGAUCGUCAGAUUGACGAAAUUGAUGAACAAAUAAAACGUGAGGAACUCCCCAACCGCAUCAUCUGAAUUGCAAGCUACUACGAUUAUCUAGAGAAUUUCAUAAGAAUCUAUAAUUGCUACCAUUUUCAUUGAUGUUGUUGCGAUUGGGCUGCUUCUCACGUGUAUCUGAUUAUUUAAAUUGUUACUUUGUUUUUCCCUUUCUUUCCUUUUGUUCCCUCCCCCUUUGCUCUCUUUUUUUCUUUUCACUCCAUUUUGUUUGUCUAAAUUACCAUGACUACAUGAUGUCAUUUCCGCUGUGGCGGUCUAUUUAAAUCACGUAUAUUGUUUGACUCUGUUAUAUGCCAUUGGUUUGAGAAAGGCUCGCAGCAGAGCCAAAACGCGCGUCACCGAACAUUUUAUGUGUGGCGAAUAAAGAGAAAAACUUUUGAAGAUAAA